AAGUUUUAUUUCUUCUUCUCGUCUCUCUAAUAUUUACUCUAAUUUUGCUUUUUCUUUUCUUUUUGGGAAAGUAAGUCGAUUUUUUUGUAUAAUUCUUUGAUAGCAGAGCUUUAUUUGUCUUUUUUUAAAAAUAAUUUGCUGAGUUUUGAUAGAGGUUUUUGACGGAUAAUUGUGCUGGUUUUACGUCGGAGUUGGUUCAAUUAUCGAAAUGUAACUGAAGUUAUUAUUGAAUUUGAGAAUCUGAAUCGAGGAUCCGUAGUGGUUUUGUUGAAAUAGUGGAGGAUCGAGUUGAAAAAUUCAGCUGAUUGGUGGUGAUUGAAAGAAGAAAGAGUUUUGGAUCCGUUCGGGGGAGUAACAGCGCCAUCAGAUGGCGCUGUUCAGACGAUUGUUUUACCGGAAGCCGCCGGAUAGGCUUCUCGAGAUCUCAGAACGAGUCUACGUAUUUGACUGUUGCUUCUCCACGGAUGUGUUGGAAGAAGAUGAGUACAAGGUGUAUAUGGGUGGCAUUGUGGCACAGCUACAAGACCAUUUUCCUGAUGCUUCUUUCAUGGUGUUUAAUUUCAGAGAAGGGGAGAAGCGGAGCCAAAUUUCAGACAUUUUAACUCAGUACGAUAUGACUGUUAUGGAUUACCCACGGCAAUAUGAGGGAUGUCCGCUGCUGCCGCUCGAAAUGAUUCAUCACUUUCUUCGAUCGAGUGAAAGCUGGUUGUCAUUGGAAGGACAGCAGAAUGUGCUUUUAAUGCACUGUGAAAGAGGGGGAUGGCCCAUACUCGCUUUCAUGCUUGCUGGUCUUCUGUUAUACCGCAAACAGUACACUGGUGAGCAGAAGACUCUUGAAAUGAUCUACAAGCAAGCUCCUCGGGACCUUCUCCAGCUUCUUUCUCCUUUGAAUCCUCAGCCUUCCCAGUUGAGAUAUCUUCAGUAUAUUUCUAGAAGAAAUUUGGGUUCUGAUUGGCCUCCCUCAGAUACACUGCUUUUUUUGGAUUGCCUAAUUCUUAGAGUUCUUCCACUCUUUGAAGGGGGAAAAGGGUGCAGGCCAGUUGUACGUGUUUAUGGCCAGGACCCCAAAGCACCAGCCAAUAGAAGUUCCAAGCUUCUGUUUACAACUUCAAAGACAAAAAAACAAAUUCGCCACUUCCUAAAGGAAGAGUGUGCACUGGUGAAAAUGGAUAUUCACUGCCGUAUUCAAGGGGACAUUGUGCUCGAGUGCAUCCAUGUGGAUGAAGAUUUGAUACGGGAAGAGAUGAUAUUCAGAGUUAUGUUCCACACAGCAUUUGUUCGAGCAAAUAUUUUGAUGUUAUACCGCGAUGAGAUUGAUGUAUUGUGGGAUGCCAAGGAUCAGUUUCCAAAGGACUUCAGAGCAGAGGUACUUUUUUUGGAUCCUGAUGCUGUUGUACCUGGUCUCACCAGAGCAGUAGCAAGUGAAGAUGGGAAUGAGACAGAAAGUGCUUCACCGGAGGAAUUUUUUGAGGUUGAAGAGAUCUUCAGCAAUGCAGUCGAUGCAGUGGAAGGAAAGGUGUAUGACAGCAGCCUGAUAAUUCCUCGCAACAAACCAGAUCAGAAAGAUGUCUGGAGGGAGGAUGUGGAUCCUCCUACAUUUCAAGAUUGUGCGUCAGAUGAUGGGAUUCACAAACAGGAUGCAACGGUGUAUUCUAGUAUAGAUGCAGUGAAGGACAUUACAGUCGAUGAUGUGAACUACAAAUUAGAUAAGAUUAGUUCUGACAUUAAUACAGUGAAAGAUAUAGCUAUUGAUGAUGGAGAUAUGAAGAUUGAUUCAGUGGUGUUUACUGCCGAUGUGCCAAGAGCUAGAGAAACCAUGGAAGUUAUACAAGAUGUGAUUGACAAAUUAGAAGAGAUAGAAGAUAAGGGAAAUAGAGACACUGCUAUUCCACCUAAGAAGUCACUGUCUAAGAUGUUUGUGCAAAGCUUGAAAACUGAUGUUUCCCAACCUAAACCUGAGGAACUAUUGACUGCUUCAAAGAAACAGGCUGCACCGGACCCAGAACCAGCUUUAGAGUCUGUUCUGGUGGAACCAAGGAGCGAUCAACUAGAACCUCAGGACCCUCCUCCAAGACAAACAAAGCCAAAGAUCAUAUCUCGGUGGAUCCCUCCUAACAAUGGCUCUCACGUCAAGCCAAUGCAUGUAUCGUACCCACCGUCAAGAUAUAAUAGUGCACCACCUGUACUUUCCAGUAUCACAUCUUUGACUGAAUCUGAUUCAGGUUCCGAUAUAAAAGGCGCUACUGAAGUUUUGGUAUUAAAGGAUAUUUUUUCUGAGCAAAAUAGUAGGAAGGUUGAGCCUUUGAAGGUUACGGACUCUUUAAAAGAACUAUCCACAACUCCGACAAUUACCAUAUCAACUAAUGCUCUACAGCAAUCGAUAUCUGUUCAACCUAGCUCUCCACCUCCACACUUGCCAUCCCGACCACCACCACCACCACCGCCUCCUCCUCCCCUUCUGCGAACUACACCCAGAUAUGGUUUGUUGGUUUUGCAAUCUUUUCAGGAAAAUGCAACACCUAUACCACCUCCCCCACCUCCUCCCCUGCCAGCGAUUGGAGAUGCAGCUUCUAGAAUGUCUCUUGCUGCAUCCCCUCCCCUUCAAUCUCUCCAUCCACCUUACAAAGAAGCAAAUAUACAGAAUAUUGGGAUGAUUUCAAAAACUGCAUUUGCCGCUCCUCCUCUUCCUCCUCCCCCGCCUCCGCCUCCCCCAUUUUCUAGCAAGCAAACUGCUGGACUGGUUUUGCCUCCUCCAGCUCCACCACCUUGGAAAUCUGGGUAUUUUUCAGAUGCCCCUAGCGCAGCAUGUUCACCCCCUCAUACUACUACCAUCAGCUCAAGCACAUCAAAACUUGGUAAUGUUCCUCCACCCCCUCCACCAUUUCCAGGUGCUAUGACUCCAUCCUUCACGCACGGAGUGCCAUCAGCAUCUUCGCCACCCCCACCCCAUCCAUUGCCUGGAGCUCCGGCUCCCCCACCACAACCUGUGCCUCGUAAUGGGGCUCCUCCUCCUCCACCACCACCUCCUCCUCUGUUGCGAGGAGCUCCACACACACCUCCUCUACCUCCACCACCUCCAUUGAAGUCUGGUGCCCCACCUCCACCACCACCGCCCCCAUUGAAGUCUGGUGCCCCACCACCUCCACCGCCCCCAUUGAUGUCUGGUGCCCCACCUCCUCCACCUCCACCACCCCUAUUGAUGUCUGGUGCCCCACCUCCUCCACCUCCACCACCCCCAUUGAUGUCUGGUGCCCCUCCAAAAUUUGGGGUCCCUCCUCCACCCCCUUCCCCUUCGCUUGGAGUGCCACCUCCGCCUCCUCUCCCACGUGGAGCCCCGCCCCCACCACCUCCACCUUCGCGAGGGGCACCAUCCCCACCCCCACCUCCCAUGCGUGGAGCGCCAGCACCACCUCCACCUCCUAUGCGUGGAGCUCCAGCACCACCUCCACCUCCUAUGCGUGGAGCGCCAGCACCGCCUCCACCUCCUAUGCGUGGAGCGCCAGCACCGCCUCCACCUCCUAUGCGUGGACCUCCUGCACCUCCCCCGCCUCCUCUCGGUGGAGCACCACCACCACCACCUCCUCCUGGAGGUCGAGCUCCUGCCCCUCCAGCUCCACCUGGAGCUCCUCGUGGUGCACCUCCACCAGUGGGUGCUAGAGCAGCCGAUGUGAGAGGAAGAGGGCGUGGGCUAUCACGUCCUGGGGUAACUGCAGCACCUCGGAGAUCUUCCUUAAAACCAUUACACUGGAGCAAGGUUACAAGGGCAGUACAAGGAAGCUUAUGGGAAGAAUUGCAAAGAUAUGGAGAGGAUGAAAUUGCACCAGAAUUUGAUGUGUCAGAGAUUGAAACUCUUUUCUCCGCUGUUGUUCCUAAACCUGCUGAUUCUGGGGGUAAAUCUGGAGGGCCACGCAAAUCAGCUGGAUCAAAGCCUGACAAAGUUCACUUGAUCGACUUGAGGAGGGCCAACAACACUGAAAUUAUGCUCACUAAAGUUAAGAUGCCUCUUUCUGAUAUGAUGGCUGCUGUGCUAGCAAUGGAUGAUACAGUAUUAGAUGUUGAUCAAGUGGAAAAUCUCUUAAAAUUUUGCCCAACUAAAGAGGAAAUGGAACUUCUAAAGGGAUACACUGGUGACAAGGAGAGUCUAGGGAAGUGCGAACAGUACUUUUUGGAACUGAUGAAAGUGCCACGAGUGGAGUCAAAAUUAAGAGUGUUUUCCUUCAAGAUUCAAUUCGAUUCUCAGAUUUCUGAAUUUAGAAAGAGCUUAAAUACUGUCAACUCUGCAUGUAACGAGGUACGGAAUUCCCUUAAAUUAAAGGAGAUCAUGAAGAAAAUUCUCUAUCUGGGAAAUACCUUGAACCAAGGAACUGCAAGGGGUUCUGCUAUUGGAUUUAAGUUGGACAGUCUUCUAAAGCUCACAGAUACACGUGCUUCUACCAGCAAGAUGACGCUGAUGAAUUAUCUUUGUAAGGCCCUAGCUGCCAAAGCACCCGCACUUCUAGAUUUCCACCUGGAAUUUGUCAGUCUUGAGGCUGCAACUAAGAUACAAUUAAAAUCUUUAGCAGAAGAAAUGCAAGCUAUAAUUAAGGGAUUAGAAAAGCUCCAGCAGGAGCUGGUUGCUUCCGAAAAUGAUGGUCCUGUGUCCGAAGUUUUCCGGAAGACAUUGAAGGAAUUUAUUUCUGUUGCUGAGACGGAGGUGGUGUCCUUAACAAAUCUAUAUUCUACAGUGGGUAGAAAUGCAGAUGCACUUGCGCUCUAUUUUGGUGAGGAUCCUGCCAGAUGCCCAUUUGAGCAAGUUACUGCAACACUCUUAAAUUUCGCGAGGUUGUUCCGGAAAGCUCAUGAAGAGAAUGUUAAACAGGCUGAACUGGACAGGAAGAAAGCAGAGAAGGAGGCUGAAAUGGAGAAUGCGAAAGCCAAACCUAAAAAGAAGAGUGCAAAAUAGUUGAAUACCAGUUUCUCUAUUCCUUCAAGGUGAUAUGCAACUUCCAGUCAUCAUAUAUCAGUGCCAAUGAGUACGACUGAAUUACAGGAACUGCUGCUUCCGAGGACUUUUGAGGUGCCUCCUGUAUCAUGCCAUAAGAGACGUCGUAAAUGAGGCUUUUAGUCCCCUUGACUUAUGCAUAAGGCUUCAGGAGGCAUUCUCUAUGGGAAGAUAUUCAUUCACAUCACUACGAAUGAAUCAAUGAAUUUUUUUGUCAGAUGGACCGAACAGCUAUGCAGAGAGCGGGUUAUGAACAUCAGAGGAUUAAACUGCAAGUUAUCGAAGGUAACUGCUAUGAUCCUUCUAGCAUUAUUUUUAGAACCGUGAACUGGGUGGAGGAGCAGCAGCUUUCGAUGACCAAUGAUUUCUUUUUUUCAGCUUCCACCAUUCAUCUGGCAUAUUUGUUUCAGCUUCCGAAUGGAUGUCUGUGGAAUCAUAAAAGCCGGUGGGACUCACUGUACCAUGAAAACAUGUAGUGUACAAAGCUCUAACCAUCCGCUGACUGUAGAAUUCAAAUUCUUUAUCAUGUAUUCUUGCAACAUAAUCUUUUUGUUUUUCCUUUCCCCGAGAAAAGCCCACCAUAGGAAGAGGUUGUAUACGAGAUUAGGUUUUAGAAA